UCAGUGAUCUCAACAAUGGAUGAACUGAACGCUUGCACAGAAUGCGGAUUCACGACUACUGUAUUUUCCGAGUUUCAAGGACAUAUAGAGAAGCACGAAAACGAGCACAGCAGGUCUUCAAGCGGAGAAAUGUCUAACUCGCAGACAAUCGAGUGGGGAGAUGGUAUUCAGUCGUCCACGCCGUCGCCACGGUCCACGCCCCCUUCAGAUCCAACGCCGAGUCCGGACUCGGAUGAACAUCUUGAACAUCACAUUUCGAUAACAGAAAUCACAAACACUCUCAUCAAAAAAGAACCAGGCACCAAAGGACAAAAGACGGUUCACGUUUGCCCGCACUGUAAUUUCACCACUUGUAUGUCGCAACACAUGAAAAGCCACUUGGAAGCGCAUGAACGCCAUCAAGGCCAAAUGUACCAAUGCGACAUCUGUAAAAUGCAGUUCAGCCAGAAGGCUAACAUGCAUCGUCAUCGGAUGCGCCACAGCGGUGUGAAGCCAUACGAGUGUCGUUUUUGCAAAAAACGAUUUUUCAGGAAAGAUCAGAUGCAAGAGCAUUCAAUGACACAUAUCAAAACGGGUUUUGGUUUCGACUGUCCAGUAUCACAAUGUAACAUGCAGUUUAGUCAGCACAAUGCACUCCGAGCACACUUGGAAGAAACGCACACAAUUUCGUCAACAAAUCCCGCGUCAUGUAAGCGAUGUAAUUUGAUGUUCGCCAAUUCGCGACGUCUUCUCCUUCAUUUCCAGACAAGACAUGACGAUUCUGAGUCUUCUCCGAAAAAAGAAAACACGCCAAAAAGGAAGAAGCUGUCGAAUGGAAAUGCUUUGCCAAUGGAUCCUGCGAACAUGAGCAUAACAGAACAGUUGCAAAGAAUGGUGAAAUCAGAGUUUAGCCCUCCAAACACCGACACCUCCGAUAACUCCACAAGUUCUGAAUUCGACAAAAUUCCACCAAGCUUCCCUAUGGCUAACCCAGAUAUUUUGUUGAUGUGUCUAAACCAAAUGAACCAGUUCAAUGGAUUCGGAGAAAACAUCCCAAGACCAAUGCUCAACAUUCCAAAUAUUCCAUUGCCGGCUCUUCACAACAUUCCAGCAGUGGCAGCGAUUGUGAAGCAGGAUCAGGUGCAACUCUGGUCAGAGCAGACGUCAAGCUCUGUGAGUGUCAGUGCUCCAAGUCCGAGUGAACAGUCGCACUCGCCGCCAGCCAAUGAGUCAUCACUUUCGUUAACUGAAAAAGAGAAAUCACCGACUCCCGAAAAAGAAGACGAGGAGAAUGUGGAAUGCUGUCAUUGCGGAAUGAUGUUCUACGACAACACAAUGUACCUGCUCCAUAAAAGUCUUCACUCGGACGGUGAUCCUUUCAAAUGCGCAUUGUGCGGAACUCAGUGCGGCGAGAAGUACAUGUUCACUACUCAUGUCAUUUUUGCCGAUCAUAGUACUCAAGCAACGACUUCCGCCUGAAUUCACCAUCAUCCAAGAAAUAUCCCCCCGAUUGCCUUUCAGUUUUAGUAGUCAGUCUAGCGAAUCCAAAACACCCCCAUUCUUUCAUCCACAUUUUAAUUUUUGUUUUUUUUUUCGGUUUUCUUCGGUUUUUUUCGAUGCAUAUUCACAGUCAAUUCUGAUUACCUCUUUAUUUGUCACUUUCUUUCUUCAUAACAGGGAAACAACGAAUGAUUCUGCUUCUUCUCAUUGAUUCUCAACAGCUCUUUGUCUCUAUCAAAAGUAUUUGCCCCGUGUUUUUGUCUAUUUCUCAUCAAUAUUAAACCAUCAAAUAUCAUUAUUUACAUUUUUAAAAACUUUCUUCAUCUUCUCCUGAUUCUGCUCUCUAUCUUGUUUCAAUUCAUUUGCACACGUGUCAAAAGUCAUUUUGGACCCGUUAAUUUUUUCCGUAACCUUGCAUUGUUAGGUUUUUGUUGUUAGUGUUUUAUUUUCCUUUCUCACCACCACCCCUCAUCAAAAUUUGUACAAUUUCAAUGAUUUCUUCGAAUGUAUUUUAAACUAGUGAACUUCAACUGAUAUUCAGAAUUUUUGAAGGCCUCCUUAUCUGUUCCACCCAUCCCAAACAUUUCUUUCCGAUUAGAAUAGUAAUUUUAUCAAGCUUUCUCUCUGUCCCACUGUCCCAUCAAUUUUCUUCCCAUUUCAAAAUAAAUUUUGUUG